UAUUCAAAAUGGCGGACGAUGAAUUUGUGCUUCCAAAGAAAGCCAACAAAAAGAGAACUCAACGAUAUUAUGACACUAGUAAAGACAAAACUCCAACAUUAGACAAAGACGAAGAAUUAAAAGAUGGAAGUCAUCGGAAUAAAAAACACAAGUUUGAACGAGGAAGUGCUGAUCCAUUUAAAGGUCCUGCACCUGUACCAAAGGAAAAAGUUACUAAAUAUGUAAGAGGCAAAAAGAUUGAUUUACAAUCGGAAUCCAUCCCUCACGUCAAACACAGACACUCUAUGAAGCGACUAGAAGACAAAUAUGCAGAGGCUGUUAAAUCUGCUGCUCGUUCAGAAUUGUUGUUAACAGAAGAAGCUGGUUUUCUGGAAGCUGAUGAAGAUGAAGAAACCCAUCAAAUAUCACAAAAAGAAAUAAGACAAGCAGUGGAUAUUUCUAGUGCAACAAAGAAUUUUGAUCUCACUUUGAAUCAGUUUGGGCCGUAUAAACUUGACUACACAAGGAAUGGGAGACAUCUAUUACUAGGUGGCAGAAAAGGACACCUGGCUGCCAUGGAUUGGGUAACGAAACGUCCAAGUUUUGAAAUUAAUGUCAUGGAAACUAUACAAGAAGUACAAUGGUUACACAUAGAGACAAUGCUGGCAGUUGCACAGAAGAAAUGGUUAUAUAUUUACGAUAAUCAGGGCACUGAACUACACUGUGUUAACAAAUUUAACGAUGUUCUCAAAAUGCAGUUUCUACCCUAUCACUUUCUACUUGCCACUGCGAGUGCUACUGGUUUUCUGAAGUAUCUAGAUGUUUCUAUUGGCCGAGAAGUAGCGUCAAUUCGAACCAAACUUGGAAGACUAUACUGUAUGAAACAGAAUCCUCAUAAUGCAAUCAUACAUCUAGGACAUACAAACGGUACAGUCACAUUAUGGAGUCCUAACUUGAAAGGACCAAUAGUUAAAAUGUUAUGUCACAAAUCAGCUGUGAGGUCAAUUGCCAUCGACAAAAGUGGACUUUACAUGGCAACAUCAGGGCAGGAUAGACAACUAAAAAUUUUUGAUAUCCGAACAUUCAAACCGCUACAGGUUUAUCGAAUUGCCUCGGGAGCCACAGAGUUAUCAUUUAGUCAGCGAGGACUCCUUGCAUCUGCUUGUGGUAACAUUGUUGAUGUGUAUAAAGAUUGCUGUACACAGUCACAAGACAAACCCUAUAUGAUGCAUAAAAUGAAAUAUAAUAUUACAGAUUUACAGUUUUGUCCCUAUGAGGACGUGCUUGGUGUGACGCAUACUAAUGGAUUUGAGAGUUUACUCAUACCAGGGGCUGGUGAAGCUAACUUUGAUGCAUUAGAACAAAAUCCAUACCAAUCUAAGAAAGCCCGACGAGAAUGGGAAGUCAAAGCACUCUUAGAGAAGAUCCAACCAGAAAUGAUUACCAUGGAUACGCAUAAAAUAGCUGAAGUUGACAUGGUGACCAUGGAGCAAAAGUUGGCAGAAAGGAAAGAAAUCCUGGGUUAUAUUCCAGCUGCUAAGUUUCAGCCAAAGCAUAAAAUGAAGGGGAAAAGUUCUUCUACAAAAACAGAACAACGAAAGAAAGGUGUUAUCGAGGAGAACAAACGAGAUGCACUUCGUAAAGAAUCCGAGAAAGUGCAAGACUCCCAGAAAAAGGUCAAAGCGCAAGAAAAAGAAGAGAUUAAACUUGGAAAAAGAAGUGCCCUUGACAGAUUUCAAACAAAAAGCAGUUAAUAUUUAUCAUAUCUGUAUUGUCUAUAAUAAAACUGAAAAAUAAGUGUAAAAUAA